AUGGCAUUCUGCCAUUCUCGAUACAUACUCCACAUCUACCAUACAAACAUCGUCAAAGACGCAAAUAUUCUUAUGCACUAUGCAUUACCAACUCCCCCAAGGUUUCCCUAUCUUCCAGAGCGCGCUGCAAUCGCGAUCAACUGCGACGUGGUGGACAAACACUACAGUGAGUCAGAGAUCUUGCACAUCUCAGCCAUCGACUACCUCACUGGCGAAGUCAUCAUCGACGCGUUAGUUCAGCCCGUCCAGCCAAUGGCUGGUUGGCACACGAACCAAGACUGGCUAUCGAAGCAAGCCAAAGCUGCGACCACCAUCACAGGAAGGAUAUUAAAAGGCUGGCCAGAGGCGAGGGCUGAGAUCUGGAGAAACAUCGGUCCCAACACCGUUCUAGUUGGCCACAACCUACACCGCGAUCUUACUGCGCUUCGAAUGGAACACUGGCGCGUUGUAGAUUCGGCGAUAUUGGUAUCGGAAGCUGUUGGAUAUAGCGUUAAGAGACGCUGGAGUCUGAAAGCCCUGUGCAAUCAACUCCUCAAUAUGAAGGUCCAGAAUAAUAAGGGCGGAGGAGAUUCUUGCAUUGAAAAUGCGUUCGCAGUGCGAGAGGUUGUCUUGUGGUGGAGUCGACAUCCAACUGAAGUAUUAGAGUGGGCUACUCACCAGCAGAAAGAAUGGCAUAAAGGGGUAAGACAGGCAUACAAUGAGAGGAGAACCAACGAGAGAAGAAUCGAUGAGAGAAAAACGAAUGUGACCAAUUCGGAUGUUUGGGUAUGGCCCACUGGCUACGAAGGGUUGUAA